CCAAGAUGGCGGCGGAGGCCGCGGGCCCGCCGGGGCCCGGCAGCGGCGGCGGGACGGGCCUGACGGACCUGCCGGGCGAGCUGCUGGAGCUCAUCCUCUGCUGCGACGUGCUGGGCGCCGCCGACAUCGGCCGCGUGUCCUGCACCUGCCGCCGGCUGCGCGAGGCGUGCCAGCCCCGCGGCAAGGUGUGGCGGGAGCGCUUCCGCCUCAGGUGGCCAUCCCUGCUGAAGUACUACAGCCACAGUGACAGUGUCAGCUGGCUGGAGGAGUACAAGGCACGGCACAACGCAGGGCUGGAGGCACAGAGGAUUGUGGCUUCCUUCUCCAAAAGGUUCUUCUCAGAACAUGUCCCCUGUGAUGGAUUCAGUGACAUUGAGACUCUGGGGUGCCCCAGCCAUUUCUUUGAGGAUGAGCUGAUGUGUAUCCUCAACAUGGAAGGAAGGAAAGGUCUCACCUGGAAGUACUAUGCAAAGAAAAUUCUCUAUUUCCUACGGCAGCAGAACAUAUUAAAGAACCUGAAGGAGUAUCUGCAGCGCCCCACGGAGCGGCAGUCCUUUCUGGAGGGUGCUGUUUUGAUUGAUCAAUACUGUAACCCCCUGUCAGACAUCUGCCUCAAGAGUGUCCAGGCUCAGGUGGACGAUAUCACAGACAAAGUGCGCAAAGUGCUGCGGACCAAGAACCCCAGGCACCCCAGCUUGGCUUCCAAGGCAGGAGAGGUUCUCAUUCCAGAAGUGGAACUUCAGAGGCAGGUGCUUGAUGCCAUGAACUGUGUCCUGUAUGAGCAGCUGAAAUACAAAGGAAAUGAACUGGAUUACUACAAUUCACUGAAUUCCUACAUUCACCAGGUUUUGAUCCGCAGGACAGGAAUUCCCAUCAGUUUGUCUGUGCUUUAUUUAACAAUUGCCAGGCAGCUGGGAGUCAAACUGGAGCCUGUCAACUUUCCCAGCCAUUUCCUACUGCGAUGGUGUCAAGGGAAAGAAGGAAGCACAGAUAUUUUUGACUACACCUACAUCGAUGCCUUUGGGAAGGGGAAGCAGCUGACAGUGAAGGAGUGCGAGUACCUGAUCGGGCACCACGUGACAGAGGAGUUCUAUGGGGUGGUGACCUCCAAGGAGGUCCUGCAGCGCAUGGUGGGGAACCUCCUCAACCUUGGCAAGAGAGAGAGCACUGACCAGUCCUACCAGCUCCUGAGAGACUCCUUGGACCUGUACCUGGCCAUGUAUCCAGACAAUGUGCAGCACCUCAUGCUCCAGGCCAGGUUAUACUUCCACCUGGGAAUCUGGCCAGAAAAGGUCCUGGACAUCCUGCAGCACAUCCAGGCCCUGGACCCAUCCCAGCACGGGGCUGUGGGGUACCUGGUGCAGCACACCCUGGAGCACAUCGAGCGGCGCAAGGAGGAGCUGGGCCCCGAGGUCAAGCACCGCUCGGAUGAGAAGCACAAGGAGGUUUGCUUCUCCAUUGGGCUCAUCAUGAAACACAAGAGGUAUGGCUACAACUGUGUGAUUUAUGGCUGGGAUCCUGCCUGCAUGAUGGGUCACGAGUGGAUCCGGAACAUGAACGUGCACAGCCUCCCCCACGGCCCCCACCAGCCCUUCUACAAUGUCCUGGUGGAGGAUGGCUCCUGCAGAUAUGCUGCCCAAGAGAACCUGGAGUACAACUCUGAGCCUCGGGAGAUCCCUCACCCCGACAUCGGCCGCUAUUUCUCCGAGUUCACCGGCGUUCACUACCUGGCAAACACCGAGCUGGAAAUUCGGUACCCGGAGGAUUUGGAGCUCACCCGAGCCACGGUGCAGAAGAUUUACAGCUCAGGCAAGGAGUGAGUGCCAAAGGCAGCCUGGGGACAGAAGCAGCUGGAGUGUAGCUUUACCCUCUUUGCAGAACUUGCGUGGGAAGCAAGUUUGGUGACAAUCCUUUGGCUUAAUGCAUUGAAAACUGCACUGAACUUGGAAACUGGUGCUACAGCAUCUUCCCGUUGUCUGCCUGCCCAUCCUGGCCCAAAGACACAGGGACACUUUGGUACUUGAGGCCCAGCAGGAGGAUCUUGCAGGGACAGCUGUUCCAGGAGCGUUGUCCUUGGGAAGGAUCUGCACAUUCUGUUUCUUCUGUGGUGGCCUUAGAAGGUCAACACAGUGAGAUCAUGCUGUGGAAUAUGGAGGAACCCCCUCUUCCAGAGAAGGAAGUUGCUUGUCCUGGCAGUAUUUUUGUUUGGCUGAGUCUGUCUGGUUUGGUUUGAGUGUGUGUCCUAUGCAGGCAAUAGUUUUUAAAGUCUCUCACGUUUCACUGUUGUCUUCUCCGGUCUGAUUUUCUGGGUCAGGUAUUGCUUCAUCUCUGUAGUCUGAUUGUUCCUAGAGCUGCUGUUCCAAUCCUAAAUAUCCUUCUGGGCCUGGCAAUAUCCUUAUGGGCCUGGGAAAGAGCUCCAGCCACAAAACCAGCAGCAGUGAAGCUCGUGGGGUGGCAAGCAGUGCUGACCCAGGGGCCAGGUGGCCACCGCCCCAACAGCAGAGACUCCAAAAGCAGAGGAGGAGCUCCUGGCCCUUUUCCACGCCUGCUGACCACACCAGCCCAUGUCCUGACCUUGUUCUUCGGUGUGUCCAUCGUGUGUGUCCAAGGUGGGAUCGGUGGCACAGCCAUGAGUGUUCCCAGGAGGAGUUGGAGCCUCCUGGGGAUGUUUGGUGGGACCUUGAGUGACUUCGAUGGAUGCAGAGCUGCCGCUCGCUGCCAUCUCCAAUUUUUUUUUCCAAUAGGUAUUUAUGCAAUACAGUGGAAUGAUGACUGGAACCUGGCCAUCCCUGGAGUCAGCCAAACCAUUAUGGAAGCAAGGUGUUAAUUCCUGCAGCUUGAGGCCUUCUUCCUUCUUGCCAAAAGAAAACGGAUUCUAGGGGGGCGCAGACUUGGCUGCCUACAAGGGAAGAGCUUUAGCAGCUCGAGGCACGUGACUUUUAACCUUGACUUAAAGGCCCAGACAGAACCACUGCAGAAGAGGUUUUCCUCUGGGCUCAGGGGCUGUGGGGUGCAGAGUGACACAGUGUGUGUGCAUAUCUUUGUGGUUUCUGAAGCAAUGUGUGUAGAGUAGCUGCAGCUCGUGUCUCCUGUCACUGUCCACUUGCAACACAGUAAUUCUUCCUCUGAGCUGACAAUUAGGGCCCUGUAGAGGUAGGUGGAUGCUCUUUAGUCUCUUAUGCACUACAGGUAUCUCCACGUGGAAUCACAGCCCUCCUCUCCAGCAAUGCCUGCCCUGCAUGUCACCUCCUGCAACCCUGAGCACUGGUUUGCUGUGGAAAUAAAUGCUGAGAGCCCAGCACUUUGGUGGUGGUGGUCUGCAGGGAUCUGGGGCUCCAGGAGGAGCAGCCUGUGGGGAGAGAGUGAGCAAUGCUGAGGGGGCUCUGCUCCAAGCACUCUGUCUUUAAAGAGUCAGAAUCCCAGAAUGGUUUGGGCUGGACAGGACCUUAAAGCUCCUCUUGUUCCAUGGGUAGGGACACCUUCACUGUCCCAGGUUGUCCUGACAGGAACUUGAAGGGAGGAGGAGUUUCCAUUGUGAAGCAGGGUAGGGAAUCCUCAGGCAAAAAAUCUUAAAUUCCAUCUCUUGUUCUUUUGAGGGUUGGAGUAGACCCCAGCCCUUGAAGCCAUUGUGAAAGCAGAUCCCAAAAGAUUCCUGGCAGGGAUACAAGGUUGGGAAUGGGGCUGGUGAGUCCCAAGGUGGCUGAGAAGGGGCAGAGCAGGGCCUGAGCUCCCCAUUCCCAGCUGUCAGCAAGAUUCCUGGGAUUUUGUGCUCCCUUCUGUUGCCACCUGGGCCUCUCUCCAGUGCACCCAGGGAAUUGCAGAGCUCAGAGGAGCCCUCAGCAUGAGGAGCUGCCUGAGCUACAGCCGUGCCAUAAAAGAUCCACAGGAGCCAGCAGAAAGCACCCAGAGUUUCCCUGAGAAUGGCCAGUGCUUGCCAGCCCACCAGGAAAUCUGCUGGGGCUUCAGGGGUCCCAGAGCAGCCAGCAGGGCCCUUUUUGUCCCUCUUCUGGGGCCACUCUGUGCUCAUACCCUGAGAGGAGCCUGGCCCAGGAGGAAGUGUGGGAGCUGUUGCUCACCACAGACUGGUGUGGCCUGGGGUGCAGAAGGGUUGGGUACUCAGGGCAGCCCAGAAACUCAAUUCCCAUCCCUCUGGCAGGAGUUUUUGGAGGAACUGUGACCUCAGACAGCUCUGCCUGCUCUGGGUGCUGCCCACAUCCACACCUGGGCUGUGGGUGUUGGGGUCACCCAGAGCACAAACAGCCUUGGAGGUGCCAAAUUUGGAAAGAUGGGGCUGUUUCAGUGUGUUUCCCACACAACCUCAGCCCAGGGGCCAAGUCAGAUUUUGGGAUUUGACACAAACCCAAAGGGAAUGGUGACUUCCCUUGGUCUCCCAUUUGGGACAGGUGUCCCCACUGCCUCCAGUGCUGCCUGCCCUGGGUGGAGUCUUUGGGCCUGGGGAGGAGAAACUCUCCUGUGAACACCUGCUGCUGUGGGAGGCCUCAGCCCAGCAUCCAGGGUGGCCAGGGAGAGCUGGAAACCCCCAGGAUACAUCCAGGGUGGCCAGGGAGAGCUGGAAACCCCCAGGAUACAUCCAGGGUGGCCAGGGAGAGCUGGAAACCCCCCAGGAUAGCUCCGUGUCCAUGCUGGAACAGCCUCUUGGACUGCACAUCCACGGCCCAGCACUGUGGGAACACCUCAGUGGGAUGGUGGGGUGACAUUUGGGGGUUGCCUGUGCCCCUCCCCUCCUGGCAGCACAGCACAGUCACCUUUUCCCCAAGGGGACAGCAGUGGAUCCCAAAAGCUCCUUGUGUGUGUGUGGGCGAUGUCUGAAUCCGUGGUGUCCGUGUUAAAGGUGUUGCUGAUGCUGUCCAUGGGGAUUUGUUCUGUCCUGUGUGGAGCUCUCCCAGGCUUUCUGGAGAAGCUGGAAUUGCCUCCCCUUUCUCCCCCCAGGUGCAAAGCCAGGCCAGGUCUCUCCUGUGCAGUGCUACAGUCCUUGGGAGCAGGGGGUGAAUUCCCUGCAGUCAUUGCCCUGCUCUCCCUUUCCACGGCACCAGCCACCCCUCCUGGGGACAGAAGAGCCCCGGUGCUGGCAUGUUCAGAUCCAGAGGGUGAAGGAAAAAAUCCAGAGAGGGGGAAGAGGAGGCUGGGAAGGGGCAGGAAGCCAGGAGUACUCACUGUCUGCAUGGUGAGGAAAAGCCAGGGCUGGUUCCAGGCUUUGCCACUGGGUGCUGCCACUCAGGGGUGUUCCGGGCAGUGCCAUUCCCAGGCAGUGCCAUUCCCAGGCAGUGCCAUUCCCAGGGAGCAGUCCUGUGGGCAGCAGCAUCCCCGGGAGGUUUCUCCACCCUUGGAGGCCGAGGUCUGGGUGUGCUGCUGCUCCAGGCCAGGCUGAGGAGCUGCUGGUGCCCUCCUGGAUCCCCUUGGGAAGCUCUUCCCACCCCUUUGGAGCCAUCCUGACUCUGAGGGACACUGAGAGCACCCUGACACAGCCGAGGGCAGGCAGUGAGGCCUCUGACAAACCGUGGGAGUUUGUCUCCAAUCUUUGCAGGAAAACCAAGCCCCAGGAGCAUCCAGACCAGCCAGGCCUGCCUGGGGCCAGGAGGAUGAGAGGAGCAAAGGGCUGCUCUGGGCUGGAGAAGGGUCCCUGGAAUCUCUGGUCCUUUCCAGGCCACCUCCACCUGCACACGAGCUGGCUCCAGGUACUGUCCUGACCCUUAGGGCAUCUCCAGGGAUAUCCCAGCUCUGAGGGCCCUGCCUGUCCCUGCUGGCUCUUCCCCAUGGGGGACACGGGGACUGUCAGCAGGGACAGAGCGCUGCGUGUAUUUCCCACUCCUGCCCUCCUUCUCCUGCCUGGAAGUGCCUGGGCUGGGCAAAAUUCCACACUGGAUGGAAAACUGCUGGCCCAGGAAUGGAGGGUGAGGAGCCCUGAGCCCCAGGGCUGCUGACACUGACAGCUGAGGUUGCAAGAUGGGGACAUCUCUCCUUUCUCCGUUUUUAUUUAUAAACAGGUAUUUUCCUGGACAGCUGGAGGCUGGAAAUGAUUUCAUUCCUUUCCUGUUUAUAUUUGGCUUUAAACAAAUAAACAACACUGACUUGCUACUUAC